GUUAGGCAAAAAUCAGCUGACACGACCACUACAUGUCCAAGACCUAAGUUGUUCCUCUCGGGCCCCUGUUCUGCCUCUCGGGCCUCUAUGCUGCCUCACGGGCCCCCUGUGCUGCGUCCUCUACACCAGCACUCUUCACAUUGCUUGACCUUGUCUGUAUAUACAGGUAUUCAAAGCAGGUCUCUUCUCCUGCCACAGCUAUAGUACAUCUUUGUGUGGACCACUUGGACAAAAUGAGUGAAAUAGACUUGAUGCUGGCUAUCCAACUGCAGGCCAGGUUUGAGGAGGAGCUACGAGCUAGCCGUGAGAAGGAACAGCAGCUCAAGUCUAAAGUAGCAGCGCCAGCUCAAGGAUCCACUACAAACAAAUGGAAAACUGGUGGAAUACUAGAUGAAUCCCCACAAGAAAAGUUGUCUGUAUCUCUCAUUGAUCCAUCAUGGGAGAUGAUUGAUCCAAACCCAGAUAUUCACAUGCUUUUCCUCACAUUUAAUGACCAGUUCUUCUGGGGACGAUUGUUAGGGGUGGAGGUCAAAUGGAGUCCAAGGAUGACCCUGUGUGCUGGAGUGUGCAGCUAUGAAGGUCGUGGGGGACUGUGUUCUGUCCGUUUGUCUGUGCCAUUACUGAAGCUCCGCCCUCGCAAAGAUCUCAUUGAAACUCUACUGCACGAGAUGAUCCAUGCUUAUCUCUUUGUGACUGCCAACAAUAGGGACCGUGAAGGCCAUGGUCCUGAGUUUCAUAAACACAUGUAUCGAAUUAAUGGUGUAGCAGGAACCAAAAUUUCGGUUUUUCACUCUUUCCAUGAUGAAGUAGACGUGUAUCGGCAACACAUUUGGCAGUGCAAUGGACCCUGCAAAACAAGGCGGCCCUACUUUGGCUUGGUAAAGCGAGCCAUGAACCGAGAACCUGGGCCACGUGAUCCCUGGUGGGAACGCCACCGUCAGUCAUGUGGUGGAGUUUACACAAAAAUUCAGGAACCUGAAGGAUAUUCUGAUAAGAAUAAAAAGUCUCUCGCAGCAGAUUCAAAAAAGAAACCUGAUAACUGUGGUGACAUUAGAAAAUUUAUUGAAUUCAAAGGGAAAGGAAAUACCCUUAAUAGUGAUGCCCCAGAAUCAUCAUGUAUUUCCAAGCCAGCUCCUUCCAGCAAAAAGGAAAUGGGUGUGAAAAGUGUUAAUGAGAGAAACACUGUUUUAAAAGAAAACAUGCCAGUCUUUGGUGUAAAAAACAAAUCCAGUGACAAAGGAAGUGGAGAUUCAUUUAGCAGUGGCGGUGCAAAACCCAAAAAUAUACACGGUCUAGGAAGUACAAGCUCAGGACCAGUGAAGCAGGUUAGUGUUGACAAUGCUAGUAAAUCAAAGGUGUAUGGAUUUGGCGGAACAUCUCCAGCCAAAAAGAAGCCCCGUAAUGCACCAAAACAGUCUAACAUGGGAAACGCAUCUGCAAAGGCUGUGGGGAAACCCAAUGGUGGUUUUGGAAGUGCUCUUGCUGUGCGAGGCGGUGGUUCAAGAACAAUUACAGUGAAGGGAAAGCUGCCAGUGAAAACAGAAACCCAGGUAAAUGAUGGACAUAAAAUGGAAAGUGCCACAUCAGUGCCAACUGUAUUCCAGGGACAAGGCUUCAGCCUUGGAGGGCCGAGCACUGGCAUAUCCAGGCUUUUGUCCCUCACUAGCUCAUCAGAUCAUUCCACCUUUACUUCUGCUUCUAUUUCUCCAACUGAAACUGAAAUUCUUUCAGACACAGAAGAAACUUCCAGUCUUGAGAAAGCUCAAAAUCAUAGACAGAAUCCUUGGAUCUCAAGAUCACCUGCAAAGAGAAAUCGUUUUAUUCAAGGAGAUAAAACACCUUCAAGUUUCAACAAACCUCUUGGUAGUUCCUCUGCAUCUAACCAGUCAGACUAUAGUUCAGAUGAUCUCAAUAAAUGUCCUGUAUGUAACAAAUCUUUCUCCAAAUGGAAGAUUAAUCAACACCUUGAUGAAUGCAUUGGAAAGGUUGAUGAUGAAGACAGUUGGAGUGCCAGAAAUAAAAAUAAUUCAAGUUUGAAGAGACAUUUAAGUCAAAAUGUGAAGAAAGAGAAUGUAUUCACUUCAGAGGAUGAUGAACUUGAACAAUUUGCACAGAGUAGUGCUUGCAGUGCUUCAAAGACAGAGAGGGGGGAGAGAGAAACAGAGGGAAGCACCAGUGAGACGUGUCCAGAAGAAUUGUUCCCCUGCCCCGUUUGUAAUGAGUUCUUCUCAGAGUUGAAUAUUAAUCCACAUUUGGAUAAACACUUCUAAAGAGUGUAUAGUAAGGAUUUAUAUAUAUAUUGAUUUAUACAAAAAAUAAUAGGGGUGGUAGGAGAGGAAAAGAUUAAAGUAUUCAGUGAGAAUCUACAAGGUCUUCUCUGAACACACUUUAUUUUCAUCUUCGAGGAUGAGGGUCCCUUUAAUUACACCAGUGGUGGUACCCCUAAAUAAAUAAAUUUAUAUAUAAUAUAUAUAUAUAUAUAUAUAUUAUAUAUAUAU